GAAGCAGUGAAACUUGAGAGGGAAGUGUCCGUCUGAUUCCGUAAAAAUAUGUUUCAUUUUGGAGAAUGAUUCAGAACACAACGGAUACAACCACUGCUCAAAGAUGCCGUACCUCGUGCACUCAGCUCAGGCCCAGCUCGGAGUCUUCCCCCUGGGCCUGGUGGGCUGGACUCUCCUGGCCAUGUCCGUGGGCCUGGUCCAGUGGCGCGUCUGGUUCUUCUCACCCACGUUGCCCGAUUCUUCCGGCAUCGCUUGGAUCGGGAUCUGGAGAGUCUGUUUUUACUCGCAGGAAGAACCCUCCCCUGGACUCCUGAUCAUGCGCUGCUCCUACAUCCGCUUCCACGACGCCUUCACGCCUCCGGAAAUCGCCGCCGCUCAAAUUUUAAUGUUUCUCUCUUUGGGAUUUGGACUUUUGGGAUUCGUAUGUGGAAUUUACGCUUUACGGAACACCUUUUUCGGGAUAAAAUCGCUCACACGGUUUGCGUUUUGCCUCGGAGGCGCGUCCACACUUCUGGCGGCCGUUCUGGCGCUAAUCCCGCUCCUGUGGAACCUCGCCGCCGUCUUGACCGAUCACCCGAUACAAUUCCCGGGCGAAUUCAGGAUCCCGGAGUCCCCGAAGGCGCAGCGGGUGGGCGGGGCCGUGUGGGCGGGGCUGGUGGGCGUGGCUCUCCUGGUCGUCACGGCGGCGAUCAACAUUUCCUACAAAUUCCCGAAAGAGGAAAUGGGAAGUUUUAAGAAGAAAAGAGAAGGCAAAGACAACCUGGCAUUUGAGUUUGAUGAAGUGCGGCUUUAA